AUGACUAAAACACACAGUCCAUCCUCUCAGUGCCAGACAACUGUCACUGCGGACUUUAGGAAGAUCAACAUUAAACAGCAGCACAUCAAAGAACUUGUGUCUGUUCUGGACAGAGUUCAGCUCAGAAGGCUGAGCUCCAGCUUUGUGCUGCUCAUCAUCAGAGAGAUCUAUGAGACUGGCUCUGCUCACUGUGUCCCCAGCGUGUUGUGUUCAGUAAAGAACUGCAUCAACCUGAACAGCAGAGAGCUGGACUCUGUCCACUGUGCUGCUCUGCGCUUCACCCUUCAGCACUGCACUGCAGUCUCUCUCAGCCUGCUGUGGACCUCCAUACCAGAGGGGGAGCUGGAGAGCAUUGUGCCUCUACUCAGCCACGUCUCCCAUCUCAGUGUUGACAGGCUGUUGUUGCUGAGGCUGCUCCACUGCUGCAGUGUCUCUGAGCUCCAGCAGGGGGCAGCAGCAGUUCUGCUUUCCACUCUGCAGCACAGGCUGGACUUCUCCUGCAGCUCCGCUCUGGACCUUACAGAACACACACAGACACACACUCUGAGCAGUGAGGACUGCAGAGUCAUCUCCAUGACCAUCCAGAGAGCUCAGACACCCACACAGCUCAUUCUGCAGGACUGUGAGAUAGAGGAGACUGGAGUGGAGCAGCUCUUCACCAUUUUACACAAAGUCACUCUGCACUGCAGUAAAGCUCUGCUGCUUCAGUUUCUGUCUCUUGUCCCUGUGGGGACUGAGCUGGACUGUGUGAGACGUGCUGUGGCUCUCUGUCUGGCUCUGGGUGAGGAAUUGGACCUCAGUCAAACCCAGCUGGACCUGCAGGCUUGUAGGUCACUGGCGCUGGUUCUGGAACAUUCUGAAGGGUUGACAGAACUGGACCUCAGCCACUGCCAGCUCACUGACCACUGCCUGGAGCUGCUGCUUCCACACCUGCACAAAAUCAACGUCCUGGAUCUCAGCGACAAUUACAUUACUGACGUCUCAGCAAAGAGAAUCUACGAUAUUGGCUCCACUAACAGCAACAUUCAGACUGUUCGACUCUUCAGCAACAGAAUCACAGAAAGACUGCGUUUCCUCUCAGACCAGCGCUUUGAGAUCUGGUGAUAUUGUGAUGAUGCAGUGAUAAUAUGUUGCUGCAGUGAUGUCAUUAGAACAUCAUGACUGUAACGGUGAUUUUCUGUUACAUCGAUUAAGAAACAUUAGAACCCAAAAGAUUCAAAACAUGUAACAUAUACUGUAUAUAGGCUGAUGUACUGGACUACACUGAUCUUCACUGAUAUGUACUAAAAUCUUAUAAAUCCACUACACUAAUCCAUUACUUUUCUCCCAAUAUAAGAUAUUAUUCCGUGUUUUAAUUGACUGUUUUAUGGGCAACUAUUGCUGUCCUGUUAGCACAAAACCCAAUUUAUUGAUCUGUACUUUACCCUAGAGUUUUGGUCUGACACUUACGGCAAUUUGUCCAGGAAGAGAUUUGAUUGAACUGCUUUCAGUUAAAUUAGUCUUCAUGCAGACCUAACUGUAAACAAAAGAGAAAAAACAUCUUCUUGUCCAAGAUCAGCUGUUCUUUUAGUACAGUUCUGCGUGUUUCAAGGCUGUUGUUGAGAAGCAGUCAUUAUUCUUUCUUUCUCUUUCCUGGUAGAAUCUUUAAUGUCAGUAAAACAGUAUUUAUGCAUUUUUAUUUUCUGUACUCAUCUGUACUCACUCCCUCUCUUUUAAAAAGAAUACUCACGAGUCUUAGCUGUUACUGAGUGUUGAGCCAAAUAAAGUGAAUAUUUUGUUAUGAAGCUGA